CACCCCUGCUUCCUCUCCAUCGUGUUGACUUAUUGAGUUUGCUCUCUUCUUGUUCUCAACUCGAUCGAAUCACGGACAAGAAGUGAGAAGCUAUAAAGAAACUUGAGAAAGUAGAAUGAGUGUCUUAAGUCACAAGAUCAUAGCCUUUUCUCUGCUCACUUUCUUGCUUUACAUUCACCGCCUUCAUGCGCAACACUUUAUCCUCAACUUCUCUGAUGAAGAUUUCCACAAUGGCUUCGACAAUAACAGCACCGAAGAUGAUUCUAACACCGAUAACUUCGGACAAACAGAAUCUAAAUCCGACCAGGAUCUUGAUCCUGGUUCUUGGCGAUCAAUCUUGGAGCUGGAUGACUUAGUCGUCAACCCUGCGUUGACUCUGUACUACUCUUCCCUCAAGAAGAUGGUCUUGGCAGUAAGCAAAGGAAACAUUAGUUUGAUGGAGGAAGCGGUCACCCAGCUGAACGCUUCUGCAUCGGCGGGAGAUCCGCACGCACAGUCAGUGAUGGGGUUCGUGUAUGGGAUGGGGAUGACACUGGAGACGAAUGGAGACAAAUCGUUUCUGCAACAUCAUUUUUCGGCUGAGAGAGGGAAUAUGCAGUCCAAGAUGGCACUUGCAUUCAGAUAUAUACAACUAGAUAUGUAUGAUAAAGCUGUCCAGCUAUAUGCUGAAGUAGCGGAGGCAGCAGUCAGUAGCUUUCUGAUCUCUAAGGAUUCCCCCAUGGUUGUACCACUUAGAAUUCAUAGAGGAGCAGAGGAAGACAAAGAUGUGCUAAGGAGAUUCCGUGGUGAAGACGGUGAAGAUUUCAAGAUGUUGGAGUACCAGGCACAGAUUGGGCAUCCUUCAGCAAUGUACAGGACUGGAUUGUUUUAUUACUUUUCUCUGAGAGGAUUAAGACAUGAUCACGCCAAGGCAGUGUACUGGUUUUCAAAGGCAGCAGAGAAAGGAGAGCCGAGGUCAAUGGAGAUUCUUGGUGAGAUAUAUGCCCGAGGAACCGGUGUUGAGAGAAACUAUACCAAGGCGUUUGAAUGUCUCACACUUGCUGCAGAAGGAGGUCUGGAUUCAGCAUUUACUGGCCUGGGGUACUUGUAUGUCAAAGGCUAUGGAGUAGAUAAGAACUACGCUAAGGCGAGAGAAUGUUUUGAGAAGGUUUCUGAUAGUGUAGACCCAAGCGGGAUGUACUACCUUGGAAUGUUGUAUCUUAAAGGCAUUGGAGUCAAAAGAGAUGUGAAGAAGGCAACCAAAUACUUCCUUGUCGCUUCAAAUGCUGGCCUACCAAAGGCUAUGUAUCAAAUCGCCAAGAUGGUACAUGCUGGCGCCGAGCUCAAGAAGAAUCCCAACAUGCUGAAACUGGCUGCGGCUUUUUACAAGUCAGUAGCAGAAAGAGGGCCAUGGAAUUCUCUCUCUAGAUGGGCUCUUGAAGCUUACAUGAAGGGUGAUGUAGGAAAGGCUUUUAUAUUGUACUCAAGAAUGUCAGAGCUUGGUUACGAAGUUGCACAAAGUAAUGCUGCCUGGAUCCUGGAUAAGUACGGUGAAAGGAGCAUGUGCAUGGGAGUUUCUGAAUUUUGCACGGCUAAAGAGAGGAAGGAGCGUGCUCAUGCCUUGUGGUGGCGAGCCUCUAAACAAGGAAACGACUAUGCUGCUUUGCUUGUGGGAGAUGCAUAUUACCAUGGCCGGGGUAAUGGGAGGGAUUUUGUGCGUGCAGCAGAGGCAUACAUGUAUGCAAAAUCUCAACUAAAUGCACAAGCCAUGUUCAACCUCGGUUACAUGCAUGAGUAUGGUCAAGGGCUUUCUUUUGAUCUCAAUCUUGCUAAAAGUUACUACAACCAAGCUUUCGAGAACGAGCCAGUAUCCAGAUUGCCAAUCAUGCUUGCUCUUGCGAGGUUGUGGGUUCGCAGAAACUAUGCUGAUAUUUCCAUCAUGGUGACUCUUCUUCUAGCCUCUCUUGUAACUGUUCGACAUCUCCGGACGAAGAGACCACAACGCAGAGAGGUCACCGUGGAUUCCAUUGGUGCUGACGCUACACAGCCUCUCGUUGAGUAUGCUGAUUUCCCCAACUGAUCCGGAUAUGUUAACAUGUAAGCUACGUAGUUGUGAGUUGUGACACCGUACAGAUUGAU